ACAGAGCCCUCUUGCUGCUGCUACCCAAGAUAAUGGGUCACAGUAGCUUGAGCACCUGGUGGGUGGCCCUGAUGGCAGUGACUGACAAUGACAAAAUCAAGAUGACAAGAGUGGAUGGAAAAUCCAGAGUCAGAGGCUUGUGAUGUCCAGAUGGAGCGGCUGAGCGGUCGAGGGGUCUGCAGAUUUCAGGAAACAACACAACCCUUCACAGCAGAGAACUUUAUUUGGCUGGACUCAGAAAAAGAUGUGGCUGAAGAAGAUUCCGUGCAUGAGUAGCAUCCAGCGCACUGGAGCUGUGAGACGGUGACGUCAUACCUCGAGCAGCAGGGAUCUGGAUUCCGCCAACAAUGUGAAUGAACUUGGAACUGGACUCUUCCCAGGGCGGCAAGUAACACAGCCUUGCUGACACUUUGAUCUUGGCCCAGCGAGAAAGGGUACUGAACUUCGAAGCUGUUCAGCUGUGAGACAAGAAGUAGGUGCUGCUUUAAGCCCCUAGCUUUGUGGUAAUUUGUUACUCCAGGGAUAAAACACGAAUGCUAAUCCAGAAGCCGAGAGGAAAAGUGCUCGAAGGUCAGAGAAGUCAACUUUGUCAACUGCUGACAGGAGUCUGGUAGCUGGAGGACAAACAAACGCCUGAGGGCUCUGGCCGCAAAAGCAGGUGUGUUUUCUUGGUGGCGCGAUGCAGGCAGGAGGGGUACUGAAGGCGGAUGAAGAGAACCGCAGGGUGAAGAGUCGGUAAUAAAACGGCCACCGCUGAGAGAAGCUGACCCCUGAAAACAAAGCAGAGCCGAACCCUCUCCGCCGCAGUCACGUGCUCAGGAUGGGCACGCUGCUGUCACGUGCUCCAUACCCCAAAAGCCCCUGGCACGUGCCCCAGCAUGCUUUGCGCACCCCGCCACCCAUCAGCCUCUGCGCGCCUGGUCACGUGCUCGCACUGGGCCCGCCCCCGUCACGCUCUCGCGCCCAGCGCUUCCCCAGCGCGUGCCCGCAGGACUCUGUGGUUCUCUGAGCGCAAGGGCUGUUGGCGGCGGUUGGACUGGAGCCAUGAGCGCUUCCUCGAGACCCCAGAAUGAAGUGCCGCUGGCGGGAGCCGACUGCCAGUCGCAGUUCCAGCGGUUAAGCCAGAAGAUGCUGGACAUUUCCGGGGACAGAGGCGUGCUGAAGGAUGUCAUCCGAGAAGGUGCUGGAGACCUGGUGACACCUGAUGCCUCUGUGCUUGUGAAAUACUCUGGAUACCUGGAGCACAUGGACAAGCCCUUUGACUCUAACUGCUUUCGGAAAACACCUCGGCUGAUGAAGCUUGGGGAGGAUAUUACACUUUGGGGCAUGGAGCUGGGCCUGCUGAGCAUGCGCAAAGGGGAGCUGGCCAGGUUUCUGUUCAAGCCAACCUAUGCCUAUGGAGCCCUGGGCUGCCCACCCCUCAUCCCUCCAAACGCCACCGUUCUGUUCGAGAUUGAGCUGCUUGACUUCCUGGACUCUGCCGAGUCAGACAAGUUCUGUGCCCUCACGGCUGAGCAACAGGACCAGUUUCCCCUUCAGAAAGUCCUCAAAGUGGCAACGACCGAAAAGGACCUUGGCAACUACCUUUUCCGUCAGAAUCGCUUCUAUGAUGCCAAAGUGAGGUAUAAACAGGCCUUGCUGCUGCUGCACCGCCGAUUGGUGCCCGCUGAGGAGCAGCACCUGGUGGAGGCCACCAAGCUCCUCAUUCUCCUGAACCUGUCCUUGGUGUACCUAAAGCUGCACCGACCCUCCACGGCCCUGCGCUACGGAGAGCAGGCUCUAGUCAUUGACCAAAAGAACGCCAAGGCCCUCUUCAGGUGUGGACAGGCUUGUGUCCUCCUGACCGACUAUGAGCAGGCCCGGGACUUCCUAGUUCGCGCCCAGAAGGAGCAGCCCUUCAAUCAUGACAUCAAUAACGAGCUGAAGAAACUGGCCAGCUACUACAGGGACUACAUGGACAGAGAGAAAGAGAUGUGUCACCGGAUGUUUGCUUCUCGUGAAAAUGGCUCCACAGUGGGGGAGCACUGACGAUUCCUCAUCUAACCGCACGGAGCGAGCGACGUGGGCCGGCCGCUGGAGCUGUGGGUCGCUGCUGGAAAGAGUGUGCGGGGCCUGCGCGGAGCUGCGCAGCCCGUUGCCGUCCCUGACCCCGGCUGACCUGACCUGUGUGGUCCCCUGCUGUUUCUGUUUUGUGUUUCACGCAGCAAGGGAAGGGUAGCUACUGACAAGUAGAAAACUGCUACUUUUUGACAGGCAGUUUCUUGUGUUUUGGGGGAGGAAUUAGUCCUUGGCGCUUGUCCCAGUCCCAGCCCCGCCUCGGCUGCUCACGUCCAGGGUACAUACAAAUAGAGACUGCUUUGUGUGUCCUCCUGGCCUCUCUGUUUUGAAGACAGAAUUAUGUUACAAAUGUUUUUGUUGUAAAUAAACAUUCCCUUGUCCUGCAAGAUC